UUCACUCUAAGAAAUUUAGAGAAUAGGAUAACUACUUCUCGUCUUACAAAAAUUGUACAUUACGCUUUUGAAAUCAUAAUAAACUUUAAAUUUUAAUAAAUACUACUGUAGCAAAGAAUUUCUCGCGAUGCCCGCAAUGGUAAUUCGUCUACAUACCGAUUGCAAUUACGCAACCAGACAAUAAAUUUUAGAAAGAUUCUCAUACUUAGAUCACGCUUAAAUUUACGACAGAUACUGCUACAGAUGUUGCACUGUAUCACGGAAUUUAUGAUAGAGAGCGGCGAAUGUUUAUGUAGAAUUUGAUCAUUUAUGAUAGAAGCUAGUCUUGAAGCUAUUUUAACCCUUUUGAAAUGGUAAAUACAUCCAAUACAUCUAAUUUACUAAUCCCAUAAAAUAAUCACCCUAAUAGCAUAUUCAUCCGGGAUACAUCUUGGAGAUGUUUUUAGGGUGUUCAAAAGACAUAUAGACAUCCUAAGGACGUCUCCUGAAAUGCUAUUAGGGCUAUAUUUUUAUCAAAGAAAUAAAUUUUAUAAUUCUUAGGGCCUCUUUCACCAACUUCUAGUUAAAUUAAUCGACGAUCAACUCACAGAAGUGCCAACAGCAGUUUAAUGUAUCAGAACGUUUCUUCUCUCUUCCUCUUCUGUGUUUAUCUGUGGUGGUGAGAAACGAGGCAUCCAGAGUGCCGUCGCACCUUACUGUAAGUGGCUCCUACGAGAAGAUCGCUGAACACACCGAAUCCUUUUCGACCAUGGAUUCCUUCUUCCUAUAAAAAUGAAUCCAAGACCAUAAAGUAAAACCAUGGAGCCACGAAAGAUUCAAGAACCUGCAGUCAUCAUAGCGCCACAGAAGAAACGGUUUGAUCCUAUUUCCUAGGAGACAACCGUAGACCAAGAGAAGACCAGAUCACCGAACACAUCGAAUCCUUUUCGACCAUGGAUUGCUUCUUCCUAUAAAAAUGAAUUUGAGACAACUGUGAUUUCAUCGAUGACGACGUCGACGAAUACGAUUUCUAAUACCAUGAUAACAACUGAGAUGACGACGACAACGACAUUGUCCAGCGAAAGAGAAGAAGAAGAAAAAAGAAGAGAGCAAGAUGAGACGAUGCUGAGGCUGCGCGAAUUAUUCAGAAGACUACAACAUCCUACCGGUCACAAUCGAUCGGCUGUUUCAUCUCAACGAGAGCAUCGUCAGAGGUUGUUUGAGCCAUCGUACAUGAACACUUGUUGGCAGCUUCGUUCGAUCAGAAUCAUCAAAAUCAUCAGACUCAUCAGAGUCAACGAAAUCAUCAAGUGACUCCCAUGACAUCGAGAUACCAUCAUCAGGGCGACCAGCAAAGAAAUUACAAGAACAUGACGAGAGAGAGAGAGAGAGAGAGACAGUUCUCUAAUAGUUCUCACGUUGGCAAUCAUAGUGAUGGAGUUAAUUAAUCAUCGAUUAGCGUUAAUCAGAGUUGGUGAAAGAGACCCUUAAGGGGAUCUUAAACCGAAGGCCGAGAGUUUUGAAG